GGUCGAAACUUUAACUUCUGCUCGAGCAGAAAAAAAUGCUGCUCGAGCAGCAUUUAAAUGCUGCUCGACCAGCAAAAUACUGCUCGACCAGCAAAUUUACUGCUCGACCAGCAUUUUUUCUGCUCGAGCAGAAAAAUCCUGCUCGACCAGCAUUUAUUUUUAGAUUAUGGCAUUAGCCAAUCAGAACUCUUGUUAUAUUUGCCAUUUGGUGCAAAACUGGUUUGUUUGGAAAAAAUGGCUGCCGCCGUGAUGGUGCCUUUUUCACAUCUUCUGCAAGUUUAUGUGACGAUCUGUUUAAAGUUUAACAUUGACACGCGGUUGACUUCAAUAUGUAUGAUCUACUUAUGCUGCCACAAUGUAAAGGCAACAAUCACUGGGUUUUUGCUGGUUGCAAGUGUUAUGUCCAGGACUGUAACCAUUUACGACUCAUUGGGUGGUAACAACAAGGCCUUGUUCGAUUUGUUCUGCCAGUUCAUGUGUCAACGAGGGCAAAUUGUGAAAGAUGGCUUGGAAAAAAUCAGUUCAGAGUUAAAAGCGCCACCUUGCAAACAAACAGCGCCACGGAAACAGCUGUGGAGUGUUUGCAUUGAUGACUGCCAAAUGUUUGGUCAUUAAAAAGCAUCCCACAAUGUUGCGACAGGCCCAUGAUUCAGUUUAUCGAGACUAGUCGUGAGAAGCAGACUUCUGAUUCCUGGAGUGCGGCAAACAUAUCUGUGCGACUCGAUCACUCCACUGUAAAGACCCGCACGGCAUUUAAAUGGAUAUUAUCAAUAUGUGUUGUUGCUCGAAAAUAUGUUUGUGUAGCAGGAAAUGCUUUGGGCUCGAUUAAUCUGAGAACUCAACAAAAUAUUAAUAAAAUCCUUCUGUGCCUUUUAGUUCUGAAAACAGAAGUAGCCAGUUGGUAUUACACAUCUCCUAAACAAGUACAGCACGAUAAAACUUAUAAACCUAGAUAUUUAUUUAUGUAGUGGUGUAUUUUUCAAUGAGUGCCUUAUGAUUCCAAAAACAUAUUGACUUAAAAUAAAUAAUCCCGAUGGCGUAAAUGACUUAUCAUUUCAUGUUCAUGAACCGGCUUUAAAAUACUUUGUAGACUUAUCUGCUAGGCGGUGAGGACUUUUAGACCACCUGAUAAACUUCAACUUUAUUUGCCCUAGUUCAGUAACCGACUAAACAUAUGCUAACAUUAUACUGAUGACUGAUGAGUCUGUUGUGUCUUAUAUUCUCAUUGCUACUUAAAAUAUUAAGUCUAUUUCAACGUUUAGACUAAUAAUAAGCAAAUUCGUUAAAUUGAUAUCCCCGCCAAAUAAAUUUUGAUUAUUGAUGGGUGCAGAACUAACAGAAAAGUUUAUUUGAAGGGUUGUACCCUUAUCUCACUUAUUUUAUAGUAACAACAUAAAAAAACAAUUGGCAAUAACUCUUAUUUAAGAAAGUGUAGGGUUAUAGAUUUUGUGCAUGACACCUCUCCUCAUUUAUAUCUUAACGUCCAUUAAAUUUCAUCUUUAAAUCGUGUAUAGUAUCUGUGAUAUAGUCCUGUAAAGUAACAUCAGACAUGUACAUAUGUACUAGGGUUAUGUUUCUUGUGCAUGGCACUUAUUCUCAUUGACAAUUAUACACCCAUGAAAUUUCAUGUUGAAAUCUUGUAUUUAUAGUUUCUGAGAUAAAGCCCUGAAAAGUUACAUCAUACAAAAACAACAAAGGGCAAUAACUCUUAUUUAAGAAAGUGAAGGGUUGUGGUUCUUAUGCAUGGUUCUAUAAAUGAGACAUAGCCCUGAAAAGUUACAUCAUAAAAUAACAAUAACAAGAAAGGGCAAUAACCGUUAUGUAAGAAAGUAUACGGUUAUGGUUCUCGUGCAUUGAUAAUUAUACACCCAUGAAGUUUCAUGUUAAAAUCUUGUAUAGUAUCUGAGAUAUAGCCCUAGUUACAUCAUAGAAAAACAACAAAGCGCAAUAACUCUUAUUUCAGAAAGCGACGGGUUAUGGUUCUUGUACAUGGCACCUCUCCUCAGCUAUAUUUAUACACCCAUAAAGUUUCAUGUUGAAUACUUAUAUUGAGUUUCUGAGAUAGAGCACUGACAAGUUUGUGAGUGACUGCACUGACAGACAGACCAACGGUACGUUUAAGUAUAUUUAGCGUACCCGGGGUACAUUAAAGUAUACUUAAGAGUACACGGGGUACUUUAAAGCAUUACCCGAGCUGAAGCGACAAUUGCCAAUCAAGCUUAUUGACAUAUUAAAUAAAUGAUGAUAGUGGUAACUAUGAUUGUAUGAAAUAUAAUAAAAUAGUUUUCCUGAA